AGAAAAAACUUGUCUUCAAAAAAAGAAAAAGAAAAAACUUUAUCAGAAAAAAGAGAAAAAACUUAUGUGCAUUUAUAAUUCUAAGAUGGUCGACCCAGAUGUAUUUGAUGUUGGGUUUGAGAUUGUUUACUACCCGACAUUGAUCUUGCCACGUUAGCGUGUGGGUCCAUGAAAUUUUACAUGGUUACUGGUUAGGUUGGAAUUGGAUGACUACUACGUGUUUCUGGAGGUGUUGGAUUUUAACGGUUGGUUGUUUGAGCGGUUAUUCUCCUUCAUUCCUAGGUUGUGACUUUUGUUUGUGUCCUGUUACUGAGGUUUGAGGUUAGGGUUUUUUUUUUGGAUUGUGGAAAGUGGGAAUAGCUGCAUGGAUUCAGUGUUUCCAACAAUGAAGUGGGCUUUUAGCCAUAGCAAGAAAGGAAAGCAGAAGAAGAGAAGAAAGAAGCCAUUGUGAUUAGUGGCACCCAUUAAAGCUAUGGAAGAUUUUCAAGAGACAUUGUCAACUAUCUCCUCUUUACCUUCUUCCUCCUCUUUACCUAACCCAGACCCAUUGUCAAUUGAUGGGGAAAUCUGGCUGAUGGCUGAGAAAAGGACCCGGGAAAUUUUAUGUGCCAUUCAACCUACUGUGGAUUCUGAGAAGGCAAGGAAGGAGGUUAUUGAUUAUGUCCGGAGGCUAAUUCAACGUUAUUAUGCAACUGAGGUCUUCCCAUUUGGCUCAGUGCCACUAAAAACCUACCUUCCUGACGGAGACAUUGAUUUGACUGUCAUCAGUGAUCAAAAUGUGGAGGAAGAUUUGGCUAGAGGUGUCUGCAGCAUCCUUGAAGGUGGAGAUAAAGACUCCAAGUUUCAAGUAAAAGAUGUCCAAUACAUUUGUGCACAGGUUAAAGUUGUGAAAUGUAAUGUGAAGAAUAUAGCUGUGGACAUUUCUUUCAAUCAAUUGGCUGGGCUCUCUAGUUUGUGCUUUCUUGAGCAGGUUGACCAAAUUAUUGGAAGAGACCAUCUUUUCAAACGCAGCAUUAUCUUGAUAAAAGCCUGGUGCUAUUAUGAGGCUAGAAUUCUUGGUGCUCACCAUGGCUUGUUUUCAGCAUAUGCAUUAGAAACUUUGGUAUUGUGUAUUAUCAAUCGCUAUCAUUCAUCAAUACGUGGUCCAUUGGAGGUUCUGUAUAGAUUUUUGGUGUACUUUAGCACAUUUGAUUGGGACAGUUACUGUGUCAGUGUAAGUGGUCCGCUCACCAUAUCCCUUCCAGGAAUUGGGGCAGGAACAACAGAAGAUAAUAGGGAUGAACUAUUGCUCACUGAAGUGUUCCUGAGAAACUGCAGAGAAAUAUUUUCUGUUCCAAUAAGGGCACAUGAGACUAGAAUCCAUGAAUUUCCCAUCAAGCACCUCAACAUAGUGGAUCCUCUAAAAGACAACAACAAUUUAGGACGUAGUGUCAGUAAAGGCAAUUUCUAUCGGAUAAGAUGUGCGCUUUCAUAUGGAGCUCAAAAGCUUCGAGAGGUCCUUAUGCUUCCGGGAGAAAGCAUGGGAGAGGGACUAGAGAACUUUUUCACUACCAUUUUAGAUAGGAAUGGAAGGGGACUAAGGCCAGAUAUACAAGUUCCUAUCCCUACAUUUGGUACUGGAAGAUCUCAAAUAUCUGACCUAAGCGGAGACUAUGAUAGCUACUAUGGUGAUCUACAAUAUAGUCAGCAGUAUCAUGAUUAUACAUUAUCCAUUCCUGGACAGUCCGGUUCUCCAUCAUUACUUUCCCAGGUCUGGAACAAGACUAGAUGGGAAUCCAUGGCUCAGUCAUGGCAACACAACUGGAAUUUAUUUUCUCAGAGAGGUACGGAGGUAUAUUAUCCAAGGCUUCCAUUCCACCGUCAUGAUGCUUCCCAACUAGCUGCUGCAAUAUUUCCUUUUGAAGACAUGAAGAAUUCACGAGGAACAGGCACAUACAUCCCUAACGUGACCCAUAAUUCUUACAGGGACAUUCCAAGGGUGAGGGGAAGGUAUUCAAAACAUAGAACUCAAGAUUUUAUGAGAUCACCUAAAAGGAUUGACCGGAUUGAGGUUCCCUCAGUGGCAGACAAAGGUGCAAAUGGCUGCUGCUUCAAUCUUUCAAAUGAAGAAUUCCCACUGCUUGCUAGCAGUCGGAGGCCCCCACCAUCAGAGAUGGACCAGACUGGUCAGCUCACUGACCUCAAUCUUUCACAUGAAGAAUUCCCACUGCAAGCAGGCAUUCAGAAGUCCCCGCCUUCAGAGGUGGACCCAUCUGGUCAGCUCUUUGACCACAAUCUUUCACAUGAAGAAUUCCCACUGCUUGCAGGCAUUCAAAAGCCUCCACCAUCAGAAAUGGGCCAGACUGGUCAGCUCAUUGACCAGAUUGAGGUUCCCUCAGUGACAGACAAGGUUGAAAAUGGCUGUUGCCUCAAUCUUUCACUUGAAGAAUUCCCAUUGCUUACAGGCAUUCGGAAGUCCCCACCAUCAAAGAUGAACCAGUCUGGUCAGCUAACUGUGAAGUCCCCGGAAGCCAAGGACUGCUCUCCCUCCGGGAGUAUUCGGUUUGGGACUCACAGGUGUUCACCAUCACCAUUGAAAUUGCCUUUGCAGGUAAUGAGCAAGCAGGCAGAUUCUUCCAUGUCAAGCAUUUCAGACCUUAUGCCAGUUAAUCCAACAAUGGGAAUGCAGAGGCAACAGCAAUUUUGGGAAAGCAAUGAUAACUUGAUUCUCAUGCAUCGAUACCAUCUAAAAGAUGACGAGGAGUUCCCCCCUUUAACCACGUGACUGCUUUUCAGAUAAGAAUGAUGAAGGCCACACUAACAGAACAAUGUGAAGACCAAUGGACUAUUCUGAAGUUAAAAAGUCUGCUUCUGUGGUGAUGUUCUUGCGUCUUGCCAUACUAUGAAUUCUUCUUUGCCUUCUUCCUUUAAUUUGGAUUCUAAUCUAGUAGUCUAGAAAGCUUUAUUAAGGAUGGAUUCUGGGUAGAAUUUUAUCCCUCCCAUCCCCUUCUAGAUGAUUAUGUAGCCAUAAUAUGUUUACAUGUACUUUAUAAAUGAGGAUCUAAUAUGCCUAGUAUCAGCUCUUGCUAAGAUAAUUGCAUUAUAUUCAUUCCUGGUCUUCAUAUACACAACAUUUUAGAUCCGCGUGAUACCCCAAAUUGUGGGGAUUUGAUUGGACUUUGAUUGUUUGAGUGUGUGAUGUGCGGACAUGUGUUGAGUCCACAUCAUGUGUUUACUCUGUGGAUCUUAGAUUUAUAAGUGAUUAUGAAGAGUCUCAAUUGUGACUUGAUUAGCCCUUUUGGGUGAAAGUGCAACCAUGACAAAUGCUUGGU